AUGAACGAUCCAACAAAAGAGAAGAUCAAACCUGAGAUAUCUGCUCAAGUUUCAGAUGUUUGGACGUUGGUGGUAGAAGUAGAAGAAGUAGAAGCUGUCCCGGUAAAGCGAACAGGCUUUCUUUGACUGACGUAGAGCUAGAUCAUAGAUGUCCUGUCAGAGAAGAACUCCACCUGCUCCGACUGACUGACACAAACAUCAGGAUCACCUGUCCACCUGUCUUCACACUGACACUCUCCCUGCAGGACUGUAGCAUGCACAUCGACGUGCACGCUCGUGCAUGUGCAGACUGCCAGCUGAGCGCUCUCGUGCACGUUUGAGUGUGUUUUUAUUCUGACUGUAAACUGAACAGAGAGAAACUGAAGCUGUUUGUCAGGAGAAGAACAUCAAUAAUUCAGCGGCAGCUUCGCUCCAUCGCCGCGGUUACAGACGGAGAGUCUGUGACACACCUGAGCACGGCCUCACCUGCUUCACUCACCUGCCAUCCUCCACCUCAGUCUGUUCGUUAUGGCGGGACGUUGGAGUUCGCCAGCAUCAGUCGGGUCGGCAGAAACACGGUCCGGGUUUUUGGUAAACCCGGUUUGAACUCACUGGACUUUGAUUUGAGGGUGUUUCCGGUCAGUCUGCUGGUUCACAGAUCCAAUGAUAAAGACCAGGGUUCAGGUCAACAGCUGACUCAGAGAUCUGCCCGAGUUCUAUAUGUGUCUGUCUUUAUAGAGACGACUCGUUAUCGUGUGAUUGAACGUGAAUCUGCAGGUUCUUGUGAGUUCUCCUGAUUCCUGCGUCUGUAAUCCGCCAUGAAACUCGCCUCACAAACGGAUCGAGUAGGAAUUGGCAGACGUCGAAAAUCGCUGCCGUUCUGGAUCGGAGCCGUUCUGGAUUCGUUGAAAAUCGGGGAUAAAUUGUUGCCAUGGAGAAAGUCAAACUAAUGGUGGAAAGUAAAGAUGUGAGUCCUGAGUAUUUCUGUUCAGAGCUGAAGUGGAACCAGCAGCAGAGACGUUUCUCCUCUCUGAGCUCUGAUAUCGGGAUGACUGUUCGUGUUUCUGAAGCUGCUGCUGCGACAGAGGACGGUUCACUCCUUAGAAAUCAGCUGAUCUCCGACCACGAUGAAGAGUCCACGUUGGUAAAGUCCGGCCUCAGAAAGCCAGACCAGAACGAGGAUCUGUCUGUAUUCUGAUGAAUAAGAAAUCCUCUCCUAACAAUAAAGUCUCCUCCUGCCUGAGGCGCUGAAGUUGUCUCCAAACUCUCCGUCCCUGAGAGGAGGAGGAGGAGGAGGAGGAGGAGGAGGAGGAGGAGGAGGAGGAGGAGGAGGAGGAUGCAGGGUUCUGCCCGGCAGCUCCACAGCCCUGA